AAUUAACAAAUUUGAUUUUAGAUUCAUUACUCCUUGCUGCUGUUGCUGCCAUUAAGAUGUUGGGAUUUUCGUUGACACAUAUUUUUGAACUUGCCAUAACUUUAUCAGGAUAGCUGGUUCCAUAACUUUAUUAGAGAAUUGUAAGGAGAGCUAGUUUUUGGAGAAGAGUCAGACAUUUCAGAUUUCGUCAUUUUUACAAAUUUGUGAAAAGGAAGUUGUAGAAAUAGAAUAACCAGGUGUGACCAUAUACUUUACCUACUACAGAAAUCCUCUGAAAGAGAACAUGGCGAAAAUCUUAUUUCUUUUCUUACAUGGAUGUGUGCUAGAAUUAGCUUUGGCCAGAUUAGAUCUUGCUCUUACCAGCAGUAAUUGUGGGGAUUACUAUGACAUGGAAGAUAUAGGCGAAGAUGCUUAUGUGACGUAUAAUGGAGGAUGGUUAGACCAAGAUGAAUGUACAGUGCAGUUCAUAAACUAUCAAGUAUAUUCCAAGCAAACCUGUAUUAAACCAAUUAACUUCCAGAUUGGGUGCGCUACAGAAGUGGAAUACCAUAGGCACUUUAUUUCUAAAUACUUGGAUCCAGAGAAGCUAUAUACUUGCCGAAAUGCUUCUUUUGAAGAGUGGUGUGGACCUUUGAGGACAAACCGGUUUUAUUUAUUGAUUCGAACAUCUGGGAGCAGUUCUGCCGAUAAUAUUAAAAUGCAUGUGUACCUGCAACACUACCCAGGCUCUGAUGAUGGAACGUUGUCGGCCGUAGAUACCAGCAGUAGUUCAGUUGGUCUCGUUAUAGGGGUGAUAGGGGCUGUCUUUAUACUGAUUAUAUUUAUUGUCAGUCUUAUAGCAUGUAAAGUAGCGCAGCAACGGAGAAUGCAGGCAUUCCCAAGAACUCCUUAUGUUUACCAGACUGGUGGACAAACGGGUCAAGGUAAUAUUCCUCAAGCACAGCCUCUGCCUGGUUACAACUCAGCACAACCAUCCCAGUUCCAGCCAACAGUCCAAGGUGGUUACCAGUUUCACCCUAUGCAAAGUGCCUAUCCAGUUCCUCAACAGCAGGGAUAUAGUCCAGCUACUGGCAAUCAGCCUGUCGCCCAGACAGACAUUGGACCUCAGAGCCCUUUAGAUGUACAAGGAAGGUUUACAAAUCCAUCAGCUCCACCAAAUGCCAACGCAAAUCCACCACCGUCCUAUGAAAGUGUUACGAAGUAAUCUUUAUUUGUAGUUCCAACAGCAGAUAGAAUAAAGACUUCCAAGAAAGACUUUCUUUGCUCAACAAACUCAUAAUGUACCCAGAAUACUUUUAUAAAUAUUCAUGAAAUAAUAUACUACACUAAAAGUAAUGUUUUGUGCUUCAAAAAUUGUGCAAGUCUUCAUGUGCCCCCGGGCAUGUUGCGAUUGCACUGUCCGUUUGUCCGUCCGUCUAUAUGAGUCAGAUUGCCUACAGUCCACAUUUAUAAGCCAGUUUAGUUCAUACUCACACUCAAUAAUUCUUCUGGUAAGACCCUCAAACUGACCUAUAUAUAAACCACCUUGACCCUCAUAUGACCUUCUUCUUCAAACUUAUAACCUUAAUAAACAUCCCUUUUGGUCCCACAGACCACAUAAAUACCGCAAUUUAGUUCUUACUCACUCUCGACAAACCUUGUGGCAAACUGACCCAUAUAAAUAUAACAAAUCUACCUUCAUAUGAUCUUCACCCAUAUACUUAAAAGCUUGAAAUAAUAUUAUUUGACACAAUAUUGAAUAUUUGGCCACUUUUCGUGAUGAGGGUUGUUAUAUUUUCUGGUCCUUCGGGAUCAUUGAUUUCAACUCAUUUAGAUUUGAAGAUUGAAUACUGCUUAAGCCGAUGCUAGGGGGCGUGGGCAGUGUUGCAUUUUCCAUUACUGCUCAUGAACAGACUCAAUCAAACCGAGUCUGCAAUUUUCACUGUUUGUCUUGUUCUCGGUGCUUCCGAGGGAUCUACUUUCCAGAUUUUAUUAAAUAUUUUUGGUAUGAAAGCUCACUAACAGCACAAAACGAAAGUUUGUGCCUCCUGCUAAAUAGUCUAAAGUUAGAUGCUAAAAGACGUGUGUGUACACUUUACAAGUUAUGCUAUACAUGAAAUAAAUCAUCCACACUUCUGCAAAAGUACUAUUAAGAGAAGUAACGUUUGCGCUGGGUAAACUGUCGUACAUAUUCGCAUAAUUUAAAAAGUAAUAUCAGUGGUAUUUCACCCCAUUUGGAAAUUCCAAGCUUGAUCUUUUGUACCGUGAUGUAACCACAGUCAUGUUUCAUCCGAUUAUACACGCAAGCAGUCGGAACAAAUUUUUGCUUUAUUAAUUUUAACCUUCAUUUAAACAUGUGGUCGGUCAGUAUUUGUUGAACUAUAGUUGUGCUUUUUAUUUAAUCUGUAUUUUAUUAUUUUUAAUAAUUAUAAUAUGUGUAUUGUCAUUUUUACCAACAGUUUUAUUCAGGUUUUUAUAGUGUAAGGGGCAUUAGUUUAAAACUAUUUUAUUCAUUGUAAAUGUCAAUAGAUAUAUGCUGGUAUAUUCACAGUACGUAGAUGAACAGGAUUGGAACGAAAGCAGAACAUACUCGUUUGCUAAUAGAUAAUGGUAUGUCAAAACAUUUCGGAUGGAAAAUGUUUUUUUUUUUUCAAACUGCUUACAAAUUCAAUUAUUAUUAGGUAAAAGUAGUACUGUCAUUUAUUUUGAAAUGUAUGUUGUUAAAAAAGAAAAGUUAUUACAAAACCCCAUUACAGAAUCUCAUACAUAAAUCGUCUGUCUGGAGUUUGUGCUACAUGACCGUUCAAUAUUCAACCCUAAAUCUUGUUUACUGGGAUGAUAAGAUUAAACUAUGAAAAUUAUUUUAUAAAAGACUGACGGAAAUAUAGUCGCCGCGUCCUCCGUCUGUCCGUCCCGAGUUUCUUGUUCGGAGUAUUUCUCAGCAACCACGGGUUAGAAUUUAGCGAAACUUUAUAGAAAACUUCACUAUCAAGAGAUGCACAUAUUUUCUUUCGUAUUCCGGUCAGAAGUUUUUUUCACAAUUAUUGCCCUUUGAUUAUUCAACAGUUGGAAUACUAUAGUACAAUUCUUGUCAUUUUCAGCAACCACUGGUUGGAAUUUAGCGAUACUUCAUAGGAACCUUCACUAUCAAGAGGAGAUAAGCAUAUUAAUUUCGUGAUUUGGUAAAAUGUUUUUUUCACAAGUUAUUGCCUUUUGGUUAUGCAACAAUAAUACACUAUAGUACAAUUCUUGUCUGUAGUAUUUAUCAGCAAUCACUGGUUGGAAUUUAGCCAUACUUCAUAGGAAGUUUUACUAUGAGGAGAUGCGCAUUAUCUUCGUGUUUCGUUUGGAGGAUUUUUAUUGAUUUAAUGCCCUUUGAUUAUUCAACAUUUGUAAACUAUAGCGCCAUCAUAGUCGGGAGUAUUUCUCAGCAACCACUGCCUGUAAUUCAGCUAAGAAUCGUAGGACAUGAGUUGCACAUAUUUUCUUCCUUAUCCGUUCGAAUGAUUUCUUUCAAUGAGCCCUUUGAUCAUUCAGCAUCAGCAAACUACAUAUACCCAGUCAGUAAAUUCCACUUUUGCUCUUUCUAAAUGCAAAUUUCGGUGAGCAUCCAUCGGUUUUAUCGAUAUUUUCGUGUUGACGAGCAAUCCAUUCUUAAAUGGUAUUCUACGCUGAUACCUGAUUUUAGAAAACACGUUUAAUUAUUCGUAUGUAUUGUGCAUUUUAUGACAACAUUGUCAGUAGCUGAUUUUGGAAUAAGAUCCAACAUUGUUUAAGGUAAAGUAAUUGUUUUAAUGCGACGAUAAAUCUGUGAUGUAUACCGAUUAUGCCUUUUAAAUAAAAGUUUUACUGAAGCACAUGGUAAAGGUAAUAUGUUUUGCUGUUGUUUUUGAUAUUCACGCUAAUGAUGUUUUGUAUUUUUCGUACUUGAAUGCAUUGUAGAAUUUUGCAAUCGUUGUUACGCUUCUAUUUAUAUUUCUUUACAUGUAUAUGAUACGUAUAUCAUAUUUGAUCUAUUAGAUGUGCAAUAAAUAUUUAUAUGA